AUAAUAAUAUGUGGGAGCCCACACGCAACCCCUCCCCUCUCUCUCUUUCCCGUGCACCGUACCGCACCCGAUUCAUCUCAUGCAAUCCAUUCCCUUCUUAACACAAACCAUAACCAAUGCACCUCACUCUCACCAUUCGAUAACGUCUUUGGUUCUUUGAAGGACCCUUCUCUUUGCGCGUGUCCCGUUCUCUUCUCCAUCCCAAGAACCACUGUGUAAUCUGAUCUGAAUAUAGUGUAUUCAUAUACUCAUGACUACCAUGGAGGUUAAGCUCUGGAAUGACAAGCGCGAGAGGGAAAUGUAUGACAACUUUGCCGAGCUUUAUGCCAUUAUCAAGGCCACUGAGAGGCUUGAGAAAGCCUAUGUUAGAGAUAUAAUCUCACCACAGGAAUAUGAGUUAGAGUGCCAGAAGCUCAUAGCUCAUUUCAAAACCUUAGCUUCCACGCUUAAAGACACCGUGCCUAGCAUUGAGCGAUUUGCAGAUACUUACAAGAUGGAGUGCCCAGCAGCAAUUAACCGCCUUGUGGUGUCUGGUGUGCCUGCUACCGUGGAGCAUCGCGCCACUGCCGCCGCCUCUACAUCCACCUCUGCUGCUAUUGUGGCCGAGUGUGUGCAGAAUUUUAUCACAUCUAUGGAUUCCUUGAAACUUAACAUGGUGGCUGUGGAUCAGGUGCAUCCGUUGCUCUCAGACCUUUAUGCUUCACUCAAUAAGUUGACAAUCCUGCCACCUGAUUUUGAGGGGAAAACCAAAAUGAAGGAAUGGAUUGCAAGGUUAUCCAAGAUGGGUGCAGCUGAUGAGUUAACUGAACAACAGGCGCGGCAGCUUCACUUUGAUCUUGAGUCUUCUUACAAUUCCUUUAUGGCAGCUCUGCCCAAUGCUGGCACAUGAUUGAGUGGCCAGCGCUUGUAAAUUAAAUCAGACUUUCCUCUCUCUCUCUCUCUCUCUCUUUUUUUUUUUUUUUUUUUUUUUUCUGUUUUCUUUUCUUUGGUUAUUAAUCUUGUUGAUUGGAAAGGAAUUUUCUAUUUGGUCACAGUUCAUACAUUCUUAUUGCUGGAUCCUGGUUAUUUUACAAAUGAUGGUUUGAGUAAGGAUGAAAUCUUACAGAAACACGAGUUUACAGCUGGUUGUCCUUGUCUUUUUUUGUAUUAAUAAAUGUGUUUCAACACUAUUCGGAAUCUAUAA